AGGCAAGGGGGUAUGUCAGGUUUAUUCUUUAAAAGUUCUAGCUUGUGAAAUGGCAAUGAGUUUACUCCGCAACAAGAUGAGAACAUUUGUGGUUGGUGUUGGGGUUACAAAGUUUGAAAAGCCAUUGACUAAAGCAUGGGAUUAUCCAGAUAUGGGCAAGGAAGCAGGUGAAGAAGCUUUGAAGGAUGCAGGACUGCCAUACAGUAAUGUUAAAGCUGUGGUUGCCAGUUACUGUUACGGAGAACCAACCAGUGGUCAGCGAGCUGUGUACAACCUCGGACUCAGUGGUGUCCCAAUCUUCAAUGUCAAUAACAACUGUUCCUCAGGAUCCAGUGCUCUGAUGUUGGCAAGGCGUAUGGUCCAGAGUGGAAUGGAGGACUGCGUCAUGGCUCUUGGUUUUGAAAAGAUGGAAAGAGGUCUAUCAGAAAAGUACACUGACCGGACAUCACCAGUCAAGCGUCAUAUGGAUCACAUGGUGGAAAUUGGGGCUGAGCCAGGUCUUAUACAGCCACGUCUGAAUCAGAUGACAUCAGACGUCGUUAAAUUGUAUGCAUAUGCUGCUCGAGAAUACCUGCAGAAAUAUCCUUAUGCCACUUUAGAUGAUAUGGUGGAAAUAUCUUACAAGAACCACAAACAGAGUUUGAACAACCCCAAGGCAGCACUACAGAGAGUUAUUCCACGCGAGGACAUUAAAACAAAGAUACCUCUCUGUGAUCCAAUCACUUUUUGGAUGUCGGCUCCGACUGCUGAUGGUGGUGCAGCAGCCAUUGUGUGUAAUGAGGAUUUUGUGGUGGCAAAUAACCUCCAGCACCAUGCUGUGGAAAUCAUUGCACAACAUAUGGUCACUGACAUGAAGUCAUCUUUUGGUCAGAGUUUCCAAGAUCUCUCUGGUUAUGGUAUGGCCAAGGAGGCUGCUAGACGCUGCUAUCAGGACUCUGGGUUGACUCCGGAGGAUGUGGAUGUGCUCGAGGUCCAUGAUUGCUUCUCGUGUAACGAGCUCUUCAUGUAUGAAGCUCUUCAGUUAUCAAAGGAGGGAAGAGGCGUAGACCUGAUUCGUGAUGGAAAAUGGGUUAAGAACAAAAAUGGAGGAGAAAUCUGCAAACUUGCUGGAAAAUGGGUUGUAAACCCUUCAGGAGGACUUGAGUCAAAAGGUCAUCCCAUAGGAGCAACAGGUCUGGCACAGUGUGCAGAGUUAGUGUCACAAUUGCGUGGGACAGCCAAGCUCAAACAAGUUGACGGAGCGAAAGUCGCACUCCAGCAUAACUUCGGCAUUGGUGGUGCUGCUGUUGUUACUAUGUACCAACGACCUGGACAGCUGCAGAAGCAGUCAAAGUUAUAGUUGACCUUAGUUCUGAAAGUUGAUGACCAAAUAAUCUGUUUUUGUAAAAGUAUAGCCAGUAAAUUGAUUAAAGACAUAACAAACUCAGACUGGGAUUGAAAGUAUGGUAAAUCUUUGGUGAAGGGUAGAGUGAAAUAAAGCUAAUGCCAGUAUGUUUAGUGUUUCAAAGAAAUGGUCAGCCUUCAUAUGCUGCUGUGAAGCACAUUUCUGUCAGUAUUCUCCUUCAAAGCUGACAUAGUAACCAAAUGACCAAAUGUAAGAGGUAUUACAAAUGAAAUCAUUCAUUAUAUACUUGUAGUCAUGUAUUUUUUUUUUUUUUGGUAUUGAAAGGAAGAGAUCAAAAUUUUGUCAUCUGAUUACCAAGACUUAUGGCAGUAUUGACCUCCAUCAUAUCAGAUGACCAAAAAAAAAAAAAAAAAACCUAAUAUAAGGUAGUGACAAAAGAAUUAUCAAUUAUAAUGUUUUACCUGAUUUGCUACAUAAUUUAUAUGUAAUUAACAUCUACACAACUUUAUAUGUCUUUGCCUUAUCAAUUUUCUUGGCCCUCUGGCCUUCUUAUAAAAUCCUAGUGAUAUGUUUACUGGGUACUGUUGGCCAUAUAUUUGACCUCAUUAGAUUAUUGAAAAAGUGUGAAGUGUGAAUUUUUUGAAAACCUUUUUGACUUUUUCUAUAACAACUUUUAUCUGUUCAUCUUUUUGUGGACAUAUGAAUUUUUGUACAUAGAGUACUGAUGAAUUCAACAAAAAUAAAUCCCCCAUAGAAUUGAUUAUUUUACAGUAAAUUCAGAAUAUGUUAUUAAUUACCUCUACUACAUCUACAUUUGUUACCUCAACUCAUUUAUCAUAUUAAUGAAGACAAUUUUACUCCUCAUAAUAAAUCAGUAUUAAUUAUUUUCCAUUUUCCCGGUGUUUCACGUAUUUUGAAAAGAAUUAAAAUCAUGCUGUUGGUGCAUACAAAUAUUUAUCAUGAGGACUAAAUAAUUAUUUCUUAACACAAUCAUAUAGACAUGUCUACAUGGUCCUGUAAAAGCCAAAAUGAUCAAUAUAUAUCUGUUGUGGCUAGCUAUAGGUCCUAUUAAAAGACAUUAAUGAGGUUUCAAUUGAAAAUUAAAAAGCAAAGAAUCAUUUGGAGACCAUUAUUUGGGGAACUUUACCUAUAUGUAUUUCAAAAAUAGUCGUUGAUUUGUUCAAAAUGUAUACUAUACAGUGAUCUGUUUAUUUUCUUCAAAUACCAAAAGUUCUCCAAUAAUAUAUCUAAUAUACAGUUAUCCUUAAAGAAUAAAAAAUGUUAAACCUGACUAUGAGGAUACCAGGUAAUCAAAAUGUGGCACCAAAUAUCUAUUGUUUUAAUCAGUGAUAAGUGCUCCAGGUUGAACAGUUCAGAGAUAUAUAUGUCAGAGCUUGAUAGACCUUAUAAAGGUUAAUAGAAGGGCUGAUGUGUAGACCUUUUUAUUGUAGUACUAAAUGUAAUGACUGUAUACAAGAUCUUCUGGAUAGCAGACAUUGAUAUUGUAGAUCAAGAUCAAGAACUAGUGUUUUCAGGCUUUUUUAAUGAAGUACUGAUAAAUCAUGUUACCAAUUUUGAUCCCACAGUAUUGUUACAAGGAAAGAUCAAACGAGUACUAGAAUAAAUAUCAUUGGAUAUUUUGAUUGUUUUAAUGCCACACCAAUAAUUUAUUUGAAAUCUGAGGUAAAAACAUUAUCAUGUAUUUUUGCUUGGUUUAACCAUUUGAAAGCUCAUUUGAUGUGAAUCUAUCAGUAAUUUUUGUAGGAUUUUUUCUGGUAAGUCCAGAGCACUGUUUCAAAAGUUUUGAUGAGACCAGUUACAAAGCAGGUUCCAAAAAUUUGAUUCCCACAGGAAAAGUAGGAGUCCAGGAUGCAAAUAUUUGUAUCCCAAAAAUUACUGAUCUAUUAUGAUCCAAAUUGAUUUGAAUAUAUUGGAAACUGUGAUGUGGAUUUUUAUUGAUCCAGUUCUGUAAUGCUGUAGACUUUGUAUAUGUCUACAAUAAUUUGUCCAUGCAGAACCACAUGGAUUUGGCAGGAAAGGCACUAUAAUACAUAUGUGAACUGUGGGUCAAGAAUUUGUGCCAAAUCCCUGUGUCAAGUAGUUGAGAGUAUUCAUUUCAUUCAUGAUUGAAUUCUAUAAAGUGUGUGGUAAUAUUUUGUUAUUUUAUAUGAUUAUGGCGAUGUACGACAAUAAACUGAAAUCACUACUUC